AGCUUGGACCCAAGGAUGAUAUGAAGGCGGUAACUGAACGACAGAAACAAGAAAUGGAGGCUCUGGAAGCUGAAUUAGAAUCAGAAGAGGCUAUGCAUGAGAAAGACAUCCGAAGAAAUAUCGAUGAAGAGAAGACACGAGAGAUGCAGGAAGCACACAGAGGUGUAAUGCAAAAGCUCUCAAAAUAUGGAGUGGAUCCUGUCAUACUACAACAGAUGCUUGACCAGUACAGACGAGACGCUGAAAACCUUGAUUUUGAAUUGUCGCACAGCGGAAAAACAAGAAGCUGAACUUAAAGCCAAACUGGCAGCUCGCAGAAAGCGUAAACAGAAAGAGGCUGCACGUAAAGCUGAAGAGGACGCCCUCAAGAGGCUGAGUGCUGAUGAAGAAUUGCAAGGUUCUAAGCUUGAUGCUCCAGAUCUGACCUCGGGAUUGAAAUCUGAUGUGAACAUCGCCGGGUUGUCCAUGGAAGAACAAGCGGUUAUCCGUGAGCAUGAACGUGUACAGGAAGAAAUGAGGAAACGACAUGGUGAAGAACGUACCAAUCUGAACGGUAAAUUGGAUGACAACGCUCAACAACAGGAAGCAAGUGAUGCAAAGAAGUCUAAUGCAGAGAGAGAAAAACUAAUUCGAGAAAAGAAAAACAAACAAGCUGCUGAACUAGCCGCUAGAAAAGAUUUAUCAGAGGAAGAAAUGGCAAGA